AUGAACACAGGCUCUCAAAUCCGCCUGUUACUGUGGAAGAACUGGACCCUCCGCAAGAGACAGAAGGUAUUAUUAUCAACACGACUCCGAAGAACAACAUCACAGACGCAGUAUCUCCCGGUCUCCCACCUUGAGCUUAGUUUGAUAAGCUGCCGGCUGUUUGUAUUGGAUUAAGGUUGUACAGGUGUUCCAGUUUUUCUUUGUUAAACUCCCGCCUGUUUGUGUCCAGGUCCGCUUCCUGGUCGAGAUCCUCUGGCCGGUGUUGUUAUUUGUUGGUUUGGUGUGGCUGAGGAAGGCUAAUCCUCUGUACCAACAACAUGAGUGUAAGAAAAAGCUCUUUCUCUGUCAUUUCUUGGUCGAAUUCGAGGAGAAGUUUCCACAGAGGAAUGAUUCUCAGAAUGGACAACACGUGUUAAUCUUCUUGUGUACCUCAAGCGCCCUCAGAAUGUGUCAUGUGUUUGUUCAGGUCAUUUUCCCAACAAGGCCCUGCCGUCAGCGGGGAUUCUCCCGUGGAUUCAGGGCAUCUUCUGCAACGCCAACAACCCCUGUUUCAGACACGCCACCAGAGGAGAGUCACCGGGUGUUGUCUCCAACUAUAACAACUCCAUGUAAGGAAAACCACAGCUCUGCCAAAACAGAUAAAUCGUUUUCUCCACAUGAUCACUCCUUUUGAGAUAUAGAUUUUUUUAAUUUGAGUUUUAUUUAAAAUUAUGAGACGAUAAAGGAGCAUUUUAAAAGUCCCCAAACCUUUCAAACUGACUUUCUAUCCUGCAGCCCCUCUCCUGAGGUUUUAAAAUCAGAUCACAGGGUCAAACAUUUUUCAUAAUUGAGGUCUAACUAAUGUGUAUCCUGCUCCAGAUUGGCCCGCUUCUACGUUGAUGCCCAGGAGCUCCUUCUCAAUGAGACCGAGGUCCGGCAGCUCGGCCGUCUUUGGGAGGAAAUGUCAUCCUUCUCCUACUUCAUGGACACGUUGCGCAACAACCCAUCACUGUUGUCAGGUAAAGGUCAAAUGUGGAGAAAUGGCUCAGACAGUAGUUCUUCCUCGGAGAGUAAAAGGGUCUGUUCUGGGCUUUUUUUUCCCAUCAGCUCUUUAAUUAGCAGAGCGGGAGACUAGAUUCUUGACUCCAGUUAGAUGUCUCUGAUUGUAGCUUUCUGACCGUAAUCUAAAAACCCUCCUUCUGUCACUCUGUUUCCUUUAUCCUAUGUUUCUAUAUUUUGCUUUAAAGGGCAGAAAAAUGCCACUCACUGUGCUUUUUUUCAGCACCUUUUUAUUUAAAAUGUAAAUCAACGAGCACAAAAGAUCUGAGUGUUUAUCUGAUGUAAAUAAAUCCAAAAGAAAAGAGAGAAAACUGACAAAUUCAACAUUGUCACAAAAGCUCAUGUGUGCAUCCGUAGCAGAGAACCAGGAGAGUUUGACCUGUUUGAUUUUAUUCAUGGCCUCACAAACUUAAUCCAUCCUUCCCUCCUGAGUCUCAAAGUCAGCUGUAAAUUUUCCAAUACGAGGAUUUAAUGCAUCACACUGAGCCUCACCGCUAAUGCCCCUGAUACUUGACAUAACCACUUUAGAUGUAAUGUCCCUUUUUUUACCGACAGACAGCAUUAUUCUAAACAUGUAUGCUUUUGAAAAGCCAGGAGUGUUACUCAAUAUUACUGCAAAGAGAUUAGUGUAACCUGUUGGCUGGGAAGUUCGUAUAAACAUCCCCUCUAUCUAUCUGAAUGGACUUACCGUCGACAUGCCGAAUCCCUGCCAGUCCGUCUCGCUGCGAAUCAUUUCCUUCGUGUAUUACAGAGCCUGUCAGGCUAAAAUGUUCAGAUCUUCACAGUCUCUCUGAUUUUUUUUCCCAUCUCCAGGCCGCGGGCUGAAGAUAGAUGACAUCCUGAAGGAUGAUGAAGUUUUAACAGCCUAUCUUUUGAGGGAUGUGCCCCUCUCAGAAUCUGUAGUCUACCAGCUUGUCAAUGCCAGAUUACGACUGGAACAGGUGGGAUGAGUGAGAAGUUUUAGGCUGGAUUAUCUUGGUUUAAUUCAUACUCCUAUGAAGAAACACACAUUUUUACAUGGUUAAUAAACAGUUCAGAUAUAACUCUUUUUUGUUUCUCCAGUUUGCCUUCGGUAUCCCAGACCUGCAGCUGAAAGACAUCGCCUGCAGUCAGGCCCUGCUGGAUCGCUUCAUCAUCUUCCCCAGUCGCAUGGGGCUCCACGGGGUCCGCAACGCCAUGUGUGCCCUGAGCCAGCAAAGCUUGCAGAAGAUAGAGGAUGUCCUGUAUGCUAACAUGGACUUCUUCAAAAUCUUCAAACUGGUGAGUGCUUUUAACAAAUAUUUUAAAUCUUAGUAUCCCAAAGCUGUGAAAAGGUCUUAUCCUUCAUCUGAAUGCCAAUCCCUCAGGCCUUCAUGUGCUCCCUAUGAGCUGACACCCUCUUAUUCUUGGAUUUCAAUCUGAGAUUCCUCUCUGGUGUCGGGAUGGUGUUAUUUUCCCAGUGUUGAGGGUCCUGCUUUAUUUCCAUCAAACCCAGUAAACCGUUUCACUGAUUGAAAAAGGCUGCUCAACACUAAGGCUGUUUGGAGCGUCAGCCAACAGAUGAGGCUGCUGAUCUGAGCCUCAUCUGUUGUAUCAUAGUGUUUUAAAGGUAAUCCGCCAUACUCACACGGCAGCCAUUUUUAGGGAUGUGAGGGCAACAAACCAAGUUCUGCGCUGAGUCAAGUAGGGUUUAUCUUGGGUCUCACUGCAUUUUGUAAACAUACAUUUCAAUGGUUAUAACUGAAUUGGAGCUGUUGCAUGUUUUUUUCUGGAAGCAGGUUUAAGUAUUUGGGAUCGGUUCAGCAUUGUUCUCUCCCAAAUAAGCAUGUGAUCUGGUGUGACGGAGUGGCUCAUUAAUGCGUCUUUAGCCGUUCUUGUGUAAAAUUGGAGCUCAUUGCCACAAAGGACUUGUUACCAGGAUCAAUUAUGAGAUGUUUUGGUCUCUUUAACUGGAUUUUUUUGGCAGUAAGACAAACAUGAAACAUCUGCGAAUUUCAUAUCAUUUUUAAGACACCGUCUCAUGAAAUUUACUGUGAUUUAUCAAGUAUCUGCUCUGUGUGUGUGUUGGGCGAUUAUGUGUUGUGAGUUGUUGCCCAGUGUCAAGUGACUCGUGUUCAUGUGGUGAUGUCAGGACUGCAUGUAAGGCCCAGCGGUUGGCUCCAGGUUGGGCUAUGAUCGUUACCUGAAUUACUGGCUCUAUUUGGGGAUUGGAAUAAACCCGUGGCUCUGUUUCAAACCAUUUAUUUACAGAUUGAAACAUGGGGGGAGGUAGAACAACAGCGCUUUGUUUUUUUUCUGAUUGGCACCCUGAGUCGUCGAUUGUCAUAAAUACUUGAUGUUGAGGUCGUCUGUGUGAAUUAUGUGCUUGUUUUUUGGAUGAUGAAGUUUCUCAGACUUAAAUUAAAGAAAACUUUUUAAAAAAUGAAGGUACACCAACACACUGACCUACAUUCAGUCUUCUGUUACCCUCAACAGCCCCUACGUCUUGGAUGUGUGCGUCCAGGUUCAGCUGGGUUACUGGCUCAGGGUGUUGGCAGGGCAUUAUCCCUCUUGGCCUUUUUCUCUAAUGGGCUUAAGUAGACCCCGCCCACAGUCUGUGAGGUACUCUUUAAGACAUGAUGCUGCAUACUGUGUAAAUAAAUUGCCAACAAGUGCCAGCAGUAAGGGUCAGGUCAACUACACAGCUGCCAGCACACCUGGUUGUUUAAAAAACAGAAGAAGCGUGGAAAGGUUGCAUCACCUUUUCACCUUUAGACCUCAGACCUUAUUAUCGAUCUGAAACUUGGAGAAGAAGUAAACUAAAAGUAAUGUAGACUAACAUAUCAGUUGCAGGUGGCUGGAGACAGUGUCUUGAGAUUUAUUGUAAAUGUGAGAAUGCCUGUUGCAGUAAAUGAUCUUUAAGUGUAGCUUCUGUUUGUGAAAUAUUUUUCUGUAUCAUUAAAUAUUUAAGACGCAACAAGCAACAGCAGAGAAAAAGAAAGUAUUCCCGAUUUCUUCUCCAUAUAACCACCUUUUUUCUGUUCUAGUAUUCACUAUACUUUAGUAACCAGUGCACAGAAGUCUUCCCUAAAAGUGGGCGGGGAUUUAUGUGUUAAUACUUAAAAGUUAGCACACAGCUGUAGUCUCUGGAACUGUAUUAUGUAUUUGUCAAAUGUCUCAUGACUGAGUGGGAUCUCCAGUUUAAAAAAAAGGAGCCAGUGCAGAAGUGCAGUUCCUAAAAUGUCCACUAGAGGCUACGCCAAAAGCCCAGAUAACCCCAUUAACACUCAUGUUAAAAUACCAAUUUUAUAGCAGAAAUAAACUGAAAGAUCUGAAAAGCACAUUUUAAUGUCUUAUUUAUUUUAAAGGUUGUAAAUGUAAAAGUUUUGUAUAAUCAGGUAUAAUUUAAGGCGUGGCUGAACUGAAAGAUGGGCAAAACUCUGUGGUAUCACUAAGACUUCAUCCAUUAUAACACUGUUUUUUGUUUUCAACAUGAACUUUUUCAGUUAAAGCUGUACCCACUUCAUAAAUCAUCAUUCUUUUCAGCGGCUCACAACCAAGCAGCAACCUCAGCUGUUCAAAAUACAGUAGAGAAAUGUCAGAAACUGCAGUUCCUCAGGUGUCCACUAGAGGCUGGCUCCAAAAGCACAGUAGACUCCAUUAACACCAAUGUUAAAAUAUUCAUCUUAUAGCAGAAAUCAAACAUGUUGACAAUAAAAAAUAAAAAAACUGUUUAGGCCAGAAUAGCACAUUUUUCUACUCAAACACACUCCUCACGGGGAACUUAUUAAUAACUUUUUUGUUUUGAAGAAAUUAAGACUAAACGUUGGCAUAUUUAUCUUAGAAACAGGUUGAAUCUUAAAUUUUAUGUUCAUUUUAAUUCACUUACAGUAGAAUUAAUACAGAAUAGGUUAUCAAUACAGAAUCAGAACCAUUCUCCAUACUCUGCAUGAAGCGGACAGUGGAGACCAUUUUCUCCUUUGUCUUGGAUUACAGAGAUGUUAUCUACAGAAACGCCUCUGCCUCCACUACCUUAAAAUCACCCUGUUCUUCACUCUACCUGAGUUUAAUUACAGGUGGCAGUUUUUCCACUUCUUGUUGCGUUUUGUUUUUAGUUUCUAAUAUAAAGCAAAAUAAUUUUAAUUAUUGAAGAUUUCUCUUUGCAAGUUGUUUUUCUCGGCUGAUGUUUGUAGUUUUGUUUUAUGUUCUCAUGUUUGAUUAGCGGUGUUUUCUGUGAAUAUCAGAUAUUAAUAUGACAGACAGCGUAUUGAGCUGCUUAGUUUGCAUUAGCGCUGUAGUACAGAGUAUUAGUGGUGAUCAGUGUGUUUAACCCAUUAGGUCUGUUAAGUUCAAAGCCCAUUACUACACUGACCUCUCCCUCUGCAACAACUUUCCCCUCCUCGUUUUACACUCCUGACUCCCUUUCUCUCCCAUCUCAUUCAGUUGUGCCCCCCCGAAUUACACCUCCUUCCUCCUUCCUCAGUUCAUUGAAAUGCAAGCAUGAGGAAUGUGAGAGGAAGGAUAUCGCAUGUGCGCAUUUGUCUUUUUGCAUUCGGGGUUUCCGCGGCUUUUUGCCCUCUACCCUGACCAGGCGUUUUCUGACACCUCCUGAUAAUAGUUUCUCAAGAAGACAAAGCCAUUAACAGAGGUUUUACUGGAAUAAUGGUUUUCAGUUUCUAUAUUAGUCAGGUGAUGGACUUAAUAUUUUACCCAGGCUUAGAUCCUUCCUUGAAACUCAAAUCAUCAUGUAAGGUCACGAGUUUCCAGGUUUUAAAGUCAGAGACAGCGCUUCAGUUUCAGGACUGUAAAGUUGAUGUUAAAACGUUUUUUACAUGUUUGCUGACGGAUUAAUCCUCUGACUUUUAUCCACCCAGAUGCCCCAAGUUGUGAGCAGCAACUCAGAAGGGAUCGACCUGCACUUCUGGGGCCAGGUUCUUAAGGCGCUGUCGGAGAGGAUCCAAGUUGUAAGUGCUCCAAAGUCCGUGUAUCCCUUCUAUUUCUCCUCCUCAGUCCUGCAGGAUCAGAGGCUCCGGUAUUUUUAGCCCUCCAGGAAACUCGCCUCUUCCUCUGCUCCCUGUUUGAGACCCGCUCACAGAGGAGGCUGAGUGAUGGGCUCAACAAUGCGGGGUGCACAUUAGUGUGUUAACAACCUGCACGUGUACUGUACAUGCACUGAUAUGUUUCUGUAAACUCAUGAUAUGUGUGUUAGGGUGUGUGCAUGCACAUACUGUCUGACUCUCACAUGUUGUAAGCAUGUAGAGCUUCACAUCAGUAUAACAUAAGCAUAAUGGAAACUGAAUAUUAAUCUAGAGAUAUUGUUGGAUCUAUUUUAAGUAGCAUGUCCUUCAAAACAAACUUCCUACUCUAUUUAAAAUAUCCAACAUGUAGCAGUGACUCUUCAGUGUUCGGAAAAAGGCUUUUUUAGCACUUUGUCACUCUUUGUUUGACACUCACCCCUCUGCAGGAGUGACAGACCGAAGUAUAACUGUAUGAAAAUUAUAAUUGUCUGCCCACCGAUGGUCUUUUUUGCUUUUGUGAACAAUGCAUGGAAAUGAAAUGUAAUCUGGAUCUGUUUUCUAACCUGCUAAUAACCCCAAACAGGUACUAAAAAUAUACACAGAAAAAAAGGGACUGUGGGAUUCGACUAAAUACAAUAUAGUUUAACAACAUUUAGACAAUAGGAUGAUUAAACCGUGGUAUCUUGACUUAUUGGCACCAGAAUUACAAGUUAGAGAAACAAAUUGUCAGUACUUCCAUAAUAGAUAUUGUAGGAGCAAAGUCGAUACUUUAAGCUACUGAGAUGUUUGACCUGGAGUAACCUGGUUGACGCGCCGUGCUACUGAGUUUUACUGUGAGUUGUGAUGAUCAGUGAAAGUCCGUACGCUCUUCCUGAACAUAACCAAAUUCAUUUUGCAACUGAUUUCCAACACUGAACAAACAAGGAAAACGUCGGCAGUUAGCGCCAAGACGGUCAAAAACCUUUUGCCCUUCUGGGUCAAACACCUGCUCACAACAGUGACAAGGCUACCUUUAUACCUAAGCCCCCAGAUAACAAGACAGCAACACCCAAGGCACACAAAGUGAACUGCAACUCAUAUUAUGUAUCACAGCAACAUAUUUGGCUCCUACAGAUAUUAACAUCUCUGUAAUUAUAGGCCUGAAUUUCUGGUCAUAUGUCAUAGGGCUGGGCGAUAAACCGAAAAUGUACUAAUACCGAAAUUUACGACAAUAACAGACGUUCAUUUUGCCCAUAUUGGUCUAUAAGGUGUCAAAAAAAUAAAUAAAAGGGGAGCAGUUAUCGUCCAUUUAUUGUUAUCCAGGUGAACUGCUCAAUAUAUCUUGAUAUUGAUUUGAGGCUAUAUCGCCCAGCCCUAAUAUGUCAGACCUCAUUUGUAGCACUGGAAUGGACUGUCGCUCUAUUAAUGGCCUCUGUCAUAAUAAUGCUCUACCCCCUUGAUGUAAACAAACACAGACAACGAACAGCAUUUGAGACGAUCUACGAAUUGAUAAAGUCGUGCCCAUGUGUAUAUAUAAAGUGUACACACCCACACAGACAGACUUACAUGGACCACAACACAAAGAUAGUCCGGGAUUGUGUUGUGUCUUUCAGCACGUUCACUGUGUGUCCCAAGGGGGGUGUGUAUCCAAUCAUCACCUUAACCAGGGUGUGGGGGAGAGAGAGGGAGAGAGGGGUGGUGGUGGGCGUUCGAGGCAGACAUUCCUUGGAGGUGACACAUCCUGUAGGUGGGACCGUCAUAUCGCCGUGGUGACAGAAAGGCGAGCCAAAUGCUCUCAUAGCCCACAUCUCCUUCCUUUCACUUUAGUCGAUUCGUGUGUGUGUGAGUGUGUGGUUGUGUGUGUGUGAUUGUGUGAAUUGCUAAAUGAGAAAAGGGAGGAAAAGGAUGUGAGAGUGACAUAAAUUAGUGGCGUGUUUAAGCGUGUGUGGGAGCAUAUUUAUACGCUGACAUGAAGAGUUUGCUCUGAAUGAAGGGCAUAGAGAAGUAACGAGUCAUUUUCAGGCUGACCUUUGACUCCAGUUUGAUCACCGGUGUCAUCAGUAAAAUAUCCUCCGCUGUUAAACCAGUAAGAGUAUUAUAGACCUAUGCUAAGACUGAUGCUAAUGUGCCAAUACUCCAUGACUUGAAGCUUUUUUUGCCUCAAUAGGAGGAAAUUUAGAGUUUGAUUCUCUUGGUAAUAUACGCAGACGUGUCCACUCCUCUUUGCUCGUCUAUUGUGUUCAUGUUAUUGUUUAUUUCAGAUCACUCACACUGGAUUAAACAACAUCUGUCUUGUAAAUUGGCUCGGUUUGGUCAGGAGUUUUAAGUAUAAAUCUUUUUAUAGUUCCAUCAUCCUCACAGUGUUUACCUGCAGAGCUCAGCGGGAGCAUGUUGGCAUGACAACCUGAUUAUCUAGGUGAACCUGACACUGUGAGCUGACUAAACAAGCCUUUUAACCACUGAGGCGAUCUUCAUCUUUGUGUUUCCAGCUGAUGGAGCGAGAGAGCUCUCUGGAGCUCCUGAAGACGGUUUCCUCUCUGUUUCAAGACGGGGGUCGACCCUCCUUCGCCAAGUUGUUGUCUAGUGUGUCAAACCUUAUCUGUGGAUACCCAGAGGGGGGCGGGUCCAGGGUCCUGUCCUUUAACUGGUACGAAGACAACAACUACAAGGUGUUUCUGGGGGUCAACGGAAGCAGGAGCCAGAGCUACGUCUAUGACGACUCUGCAAGUAAGUGAAGCUUCGGCAUGUUGGAGCUUUGACUGACCUUUUCCUCCAAGCCUGAGCUGCUCUCUUCUUUCUAUGAUGGACUUUAAAUAAAAAAAAAAACAAGGAUCUUAGCCCUCGCUGUGUUAUUUGUACUUAUCUACCUCUGUUUUCGUUUUCUAACCCCACUGUUUUUUUAACACCUCCACCCUCAGCUCCUUUCUGCAACGCCCUCAUGCAGACGCUGGAGUCCAACCCCAUCACAAAAAUCGUGUGGAAUUCAGUCAAGCCCCUGCUGAUGGGAAAGAUCCUGUACACCCCUGACUCCCCUGCCGUCUACAAGAUAUUAAAGAGUGUAAGAGAGACCACCUCAAACCGACCCCUCACCUCUCUCUCACUCCGUCUUUUUUUUCCUGUUCUCUUUUUCUCAAGUAUCUGUUUAUAUUUGUCCAAACCUCCACCCUUCUUAAGAAUGAGCUGACUACUGAAGCAAAGGAGGGCGGAGGGAUUAUUUAAGAGGCUUGGUGCUGUACGAAGGAAGGAAAGAAGUAGCGAUGAAUUUAGUAAAAGGGUGCAGCAGUGAAAGAAGUGACAUGUAUUUCAAUUUAUUAACACUGUGUUACAGAAAAACAAGCUGCACAUAGAAGAAAGAAGCAAUAAUAAAAUAUGUAAAAAAGCUCAUUUUCAAACAUGUAUUAACUUCACAAGAUUUAUCCAAAAAAAAACAUGCAUCCAUUCAUCUGUAAUCUGUCCAUCCAUCCAUCCAUCCCAUCCUUUUAUCCAUCAAGCCUUCUGUCCAUCUAUUAAAACAUCAAUUCAACCCUUUCAUCCCUCCAUCCAUCUUAGGUCUGUCUAUUGAUCCGUUCAUCUGUUCAUUCAUUCAUCCAUAUCCUUUUUAUGGAUCCAUCAAUUCCAUUCAUUCAUGCGUCUAUCCAUCCAUUCAUAGCUCAUAUCCAUUUUUGGAUCCAUCCAUCUAUCCAUCUAUCCAUCUAUCCAUCUAUUCAUUCAUGCGUCCAUUCAUUUAUUCAUCCAUGUAUUCAUCCAUCCAUAUCCAUUUUCGGGUCCAUCAAUGCAUCCAUCCAUCCAUCCAUUCAUCCCAUUCAUCCAUCCGUCCAUCCAUCCAUCCAUACAUCCAUUUAAGGUUCAUCCAUCCAUCUAUCCAUCCAUCCAUCCAUCCAUCCGUCCGCCCAUCCAUGCAUGCAUCCAUCUAUCCAUACAUACAUACAUACAUACAUACAUCCAUCCAUAUCCAUUUUUGGGUCCACCAAUUCAUCCAUCCAUCCUUUCCAUUGUUUGCCUUUUCACACAUUAAUUCUUUAUUCAAUUUCCCAUUCACCCCUCCAUUUAUCCACCCAUCCCUCCAUUUUUUAUCAUUACAUUUAUAAAUUGAUCCAUCCAUCUGUACAUCCUAACAACAAUCUUCUGUCUAUUUAUGAAUGUAUCGAUCAAUCUAUUAAAUCAACCAUCCACCUUAAAUCCUCUCAUACUUCUCAGUCUUUAAUGUAAUGUAUUCACUGUAUUUCCUCUAUUACAUACAUACAGUGACAAUCUAUCCAUCCAUCCAUUAAUCCUUUUAUGAUUGAUGUGACCACAAGGGAUCCCUUAGUUAAUACCUAUCUCCUUUCUAGACCACCAGAACCUUUCAUGUAUUUAAUUGGAAAGUCAUCAUGUAUGUUGUUCAUAUGUUGUACUGAUGAUUCACCCUGUCAACUUUACACCCCUGAAGUGUUUAUGUUUGUUGUGUUUGUGUGUUUCAGGCCAACACAACAUUUGAAGAGUUAGAGAGACUGCAGCACAUGGCCAAGGCCUGGGAGGAGUUGGGGCCUCAGAUCUGGGCUUUUUUCCAGAACAGUGUCCAGAUGAACAUGAUCAGGGUACGAAUGCUGCACAUAAACACUGAUGCUGUCAGCGGUGAUCAUUUGUGAGGCACUUAGAAAAAAACUCAAGUCAAGUUGCUAACAGACAGUUGGAGGCCACUUUGAGCUUUCAUAACUCCUCUGAAACCGUGGGUGUCAAAAUCAAAAUUAUAUUUAAUUUGCAGAAAAUAUCUCAAGUCGGUGACUCAAACCCCAAAGUUGGCGGUUAUUCUUCAAUACACCACGCUGUUAAUUAAAUAGAACUUACUUUUCCACUCAUAACACAUCUGGUUUGUUUGUUUGUUUUAAUCACCGCAGGACACCCUAAGAAACCCAACAGUGAUGAGCUUCGUGGACAACAGUCUCCAGGACACUCAGUUUACCACUAAAGACAUCCUCAACCUCCUGUACAAUGGUCCAGAGGACUGGAGGGAGCCGGGCAUGCCCAAUUUUGACUGGAGAACCAUUUUUAACACCACAGACCAGAUCAUACGCAUGUUUAACAAGUAUGGAGAGGUAAGAAAUGCGGCUAAGAAAGUCCAUUUGCUGUUCCUCCUGCAUACUCCUUACUCUCUGGAUGAUAGUUCCCUGUAAUUGAUGGAGAGUUUACCCAGCUUUUGGACUGCUUUCUCUCGCCCCUGUCACUUUCUGCCAAAUGUUGCACAUUCCCAGGACCGGCUAUAAGACUGACUCUGAGCCGUGCAGACAGGUGCAUCAGUCUUCCUGCUCUGCUCCCUGGAGAUUGCUGCCAGGCCCCUUUGAAACAGAUCACACCACUUAGCACAGCUUUAGAGCCGCUCUCCCGUCCUGCAGGCUGAAAGCUGGGGAGAACAAGCCUCCUGUCACCCCCCCUCCUUUGCCUCUUUUGUGGAGCCGGUGACUAAGUGGAGAGUAGGUGGGAGCGAAUCGCUCCCCCUAUGAGCUCAAUGCUGUUUUGGUGUAUGGCCCCACAUUGAAACAGACCCUUGCGCCUGCAGAAUAAAAAGGGGGCAAAUCACUCUAUCCAUCCUUCAUGCCGUCUUUCUCUCCUCUCAUCUGAUUUAAAAGGGGCAGGGGGAGCUCUAUCAGUGCAGGCAUCUCAAUCUGUUCUUUGUCUCCAAGUUCAGGGACGAGACCCUCAAGAGCCCCACAAACAAACCCCAGCAGUUUAGCCAAUUAGAUAUAGCUGUCAGUGAGGACUGGGCCAUAGGAUAAGUGCUACAGUUAGCAUUAGGUCCCCUCCUCUGUCUGUCAGGGGGGAUGUUUCUCACACUGAUGUCCCUUUUGAACAUGUGUAUCAGAGAGGCGCUUUCUUCUCAGCCCAUCUCCGAGCGAACAUUAUUGUGCCGUGGAUGUAUGGCCCCGUAAAGAUGAAUGGGGAGUGCUCUCUCGUCUCCCUUUGAGCGCUCUCUCGGUAUUGUACAGUAAAGUGAAUGGAGACAUUAGCCACGGUGUGCAGAGGGGGAUGUGUGUGUGGAGGGGAAAUGUAGAGAGCAGUGUGUGCUUGUGAGUCUUGGAUGGGAGGUUCACAUGGCAAUUACAUGUGUUUCCUAGAAAGAGAAAGCAUGUGAUGAUGUGAGCUCCUGAGCGUCAUUGUAAAAGGUUUGAGUUAAGAUUCUUAGGUGUGUAUAUAUCUCCAUGCAAAUAGGUCUAGUCUGUGACAGCUGUCAUGUUGUUUUUUUGUGCGGUUUCAAAAUCAGAACGUGUGGAUGUCCUGAUGAUUUAAUACAAAAAGUGAAACUUCCACAUUUACCACACACAGAGUGAAACAUUUCUAGACUUUUUUGUUUGAAUCUUGUAGAUUAUAGUUUACGGCUCACAAUCCACAAAUCCACAAUCUUAAACAUUAGGUGAUUGUGGAAAAGUCCAGUUUCUUGUCGGUUCCAAUCAGCUGAUUAACUCUGAACACCCUCACUCUGGUUCAGUAGACCAUCCAGAAGACCAUCAUUGACAAAGAGGGUCAUAGGAACCAUAUUCAUGGAAAGUUGAUUGGAAGGGAAAGUGUGAGAGGCAACAGGGAUGACCACAGCCUCCUCAGAUUGAAGAUGUUUAGAAGUGAACUGGGGCUGGAGUCAGAACAUCACUUCACACAGACGAGUCCAGGGAAUAGACUACAACAAGUGUCAUGUUCCUGCUGUCAAGACCCUCCUGAACCAGAGACAAUGUCAUGGGUGUCCAAAGUAGAAUAAGCAUUUUACUUGGAAGUCAAAGUCCCAGAGUCUGGUGGAAGUUCAGCGUGAAGUUUCCACAGUCUGUGAUGAUUCAUGGUGCCAUGCCAUCUGAUGCUGUUGCUGGUCUACUGUGUUUUAUCAAGUCUAGAGUCAACACAGUCAACUGGGAGAUUUUAGAGACCUUCAUGCUUUUAUCUGCACCCGGCACCUGCCCACAGCGCCAAAACUACCUCAAACUGGUUUGCUGAAUGCGGUAAUACUGUUCUUUAUUGGCCUGACCUGAACCUAAUGGAGGAUCUGGAGUAUCAUCAAGAAAAAGAUGAGAGACACUAGAGGAGUUAUUGAAGCAAACUGGGCUCCAUUGGACCCCAGAAGAACCACAGACUGAAUGCCUCCAUGCCACAUCACAUUGACACAGUCAUUUGUGCAAAAGGAGAACAAGUACUGAGCGCUUAAAUGGACGUAGUUACAUGAUAGAGGAUUUUGGAUUUUUGUGAGCUGUAAACUGUCUCUGCACAUGAUCAGUGGGUGUAAUUUAAAAAAAUUACUGGUACUUUUACACCACCUUCCUUUUGCAACAGCUCCAAAAGGGUUCUGCUUUUUGCUAGCUUAAGUAACAUUACCAUAGUGUCUGCAAAGUCUGUUUAAAUGAGCCUAAUAUGUACUGAUUAUGGAUCAACUGCACAGGGCAUUUGCAGAAUUUAAAAGACUAGCAAUAAAAUAGUUUUGUUAAGAUUCCAUGCUUUAUCGGUCUCCAGUGUUACAGUAGCAGAACGUUGCGUUUUGCACUCUUUGCAGAUUUAUUUUACAUGCACAAAGAGUAAUGAGAUCAAUCUAAAACCACAGAGUCAGAGCCUGCAGGUAGAUGCUGAGGCGGCAGUGCUGGAAGUGUUAGUUCAGCGCUGGUGCAAGGCAAAGGUGACAAUGACAGAGCGGGGGAUAAGACUGAAAAUCCUGCAGCUUAAAUAGACUGCCAAACAGGGAGGAUAUGUUUAUCAUGUGAUCAUGAGGAUGAUGCAUGUCAAGAGUUAAAUCAGUGCAGCUUGGGUUGGUUGCCAGAACUAGCUCAAAGGUGUCACUUAAUUUGAUGGAGCUCUUUAUCUGGCGUGCUUAGGUGUUGGCCAAAGAAAUAGCCUGCUGUAAAUAAUCUUGAUUAAGAGUAAUUAUAUUUUGGCAGUAUGAUGGCUGUAAAUGUCACCACACAUGUGUUUUGGUCCGGACAGUAUUUAGUGUUAAAUCCAGGGGAUGUAUUCGGCCAUUUAAUGCCAGAUUACACCUAAUCUGAUCCACACAGGAUUAUGGUUAACAAAACAAUGGAGUCCACAAAUAUCAAGUAGAAAGUGUCCUAUAUUGUUUACUCAAAUAAAAAAAAGAUAUAGAUACAUUUUAUACUGACAGUUUGUUUUUAAAUGUACUUAAAGUACUAACCUUCGAAGCGAGGUAUGACCCCAAAGUUACGUAAACGCAUCUUUUCCCGAGCUAAACUAUGAAGUGUAACAAACAGAAAACCACUUAUGCGUGAUGUGAUUUUUUUGACAUGAAACCCAUCCAGAGGGAAGUUAUUGAACAUUUGAUUGCACGUUUUUCAGUCCUGCACUUAGCGGACCGUCCCUCUGCACUUGAGUUUUGGCCUGAUGCGUACAGAGAGGCCAGUGUCAAUUGUCCAGUUUGCAGGACGGCUUGUACUGAUAAAUAUUAGGCUGUAGCUCAUAACCUACUUUACUGUGGUUGGAAAAAGUGUUUGUUUUGUACCCAACCAAGGUCACCGCUCUGCUGACGAGCUAUUGACUUGGGGAGGACAAAUUUGUAAAUACAUACGACCUACAAAAAUCUGUCGUAUUGUGAUUUUAGCGCAAACAUGUGUGUUUUUCCUCAUCUGCUUGGCUAUUAAGUGUUAUACGGUAGCCAAUCAGCUCUCAGCCUCAGUGCUGAUGAAAGUUCUUUAGGUUAAAAUAUUCAAAUAAACUAGGAAGCGUUUUUUCUAUUGUGUAAUUUUGUACAGAACGCAACAAGCCAAGUAUAUAGGGGUUAAAUUUGUCCAGAGGGGGCGCCAAAGUCAACACAAUUUGAAAGUUCCUCACAGGAUCUUUAAGCAAAUGGGAAAGCACUGAUUUUAGGAAUUACAAGUACACAAAAACCUACUAAAUUACAGUAACAUAAGUAAAUAUAAUUAGUUUAUGUCAAUCCCUGAGCAGUACCUGGUUUUAGAUCGGCAGGUUUUGUCCAGACCGCAUCAGUCUGGCUUUCGUAACAUGAAGCCAACAGCUCUCCUCUUCUCCUCUGCUUUCAGUGCAUCACUCUGGAUAAGUUUGUGGCUUUCACCGAUGAGUCCCAGAUGAUCCAUCAAUCUUUGCACCUGCUGGAGCAGAACAAGUUCUGGGCUGGUGUGGUUUUUAUGGACAUGUACCCCUGGACCUCAAGUGUCCCCCCACAUGUCAAGUACAAGAUCCGCAUGGACAUCGACGCGGUGGAGCGAACCAAUAAGAUCAGAGACAGGUAAGCAGAUACACAUGUGGAGCGGUGUUUGGAUCUGAAAGUGAAGCUCUCCUCCCUAUUUAAUGUGAUUUUAUCAUAAAGUACCACACUUUAAAGGAAAAAGAACAAAAGCCGUCCACUUAAAACCACAUCUUUAUCAGCACAGACCUUUUUUAGUUCUUGGAAGCUGCAUAAAAACAUGUUACUUUCCAAUAAAUGUUAUUGCACACUGUUUAAAUUUCCACCCCUUUUGCUUUCCAUCCUGAGAACCUAGUGCUCCUUCAUUUUUGUCUUAUAAAUAGGUCCAUUAAGAAGGCAAUUUACAUGGAUGACUCACGUUCCUCUCAGAAAGAAAAAGUAAAACCUCUUGAUAUGACCUCUGUGUGUUUUCUAAAGUCUCUCUGUGGUUUCGUUUAAACUCGAUACCCUCUCUUUCAUCGUCCUGUGUGAGGCUCACACGUGCAUUUUCCCUCCGCUUUGAUCUCCCAUUCAUAAACGGACAGUAUGUCAAUAGCCCUGGAGUGAACAAGCACUUUUAGCAGUUAACACAGCACUGUCAGGCUGUAAUGGACCCAGUGGGAGUCCGGCUUCUGUGCAACAGAGUAAUCAGAUUGUAAGAGGGCUUUGCCUCGGACUUAUGUGCUUAAGUAAAAGCAGUGUGCAUGUGGAGUGUGGGUGUGUGUGUGCUCUCUAUGGGUGUUGGCUCUUAUUGUGAAUGGAGACACACACAGAAAGAUCAAUCGAUACAUAAAUAUGACUCUUUAGGAUUUGUCUUGGGAUUACAUUUCCUUACAUCCUGCUCUUUCAUUCAUUCGCUGCUCCUCUUUCUCUCUCUCUCUCAGAUACUGGGACCCCGGCCCAAGAGCGGACCCCAUGGAGGACCAGAGGUACAUAUGGGGGGGAUUUGCCUACCUUCAGGACAUGAUCGAACACGGCAUCAUCAAGCUUCACACAGGCAACGACUGGCCGCUCGGGGUCUACGUCCAGCAGAUGCCGUACCCGUGUUAUGUAGAUGACCUGUGAGUAAAGCGGUCACUUUUAUGGCGACAGGACACUCUGUCCCGUACAUAUUGUAUCUUCUGUCCUCUAUAAACCCUUAUAUGGAAGAGAGUUACAGUUACAGAUUAUUGAAGAAAGGGGGCGUUAAAGGACAGAAAACAGUUCAGUUGAUCAACAUUUCAAUGUAAACAAAAUGAUCAGAAAAAAGCCAAAUACUAAUAUACAAACUUAGUUUUUAUUCUCUCCAGCACAGUUAGGUCUAAAGAAGCCUGUUUAUGUUCAACAUUUUAUAGAAGUAGGACUGACAAACGAUUGACUUUAUCACAAUUAAUUACAGAAUUUCAAAAGUUCACUGUGAUUAUUUACAUUUUUAAAUGAAUGUUUAAAGUUCCUUAUUUUGUGGUUUUAAAAACAGUUUAAGACAAGAUAAAAUAAGAAGAAAAUUAAUUCAUCCUGGAGGGAAAAUUCGAGUUUAAAGCCCAUAUUAACAAAAUAAAGCUUUUCUUACCAGUGUCUUGAUUUGGGAAUCAAAUAAAUAAAAUAAGAUGUACUCUGGAUGUACUCUUGGUUAUCAGAUAUAUAAACAAGGUUCCUGCACAGUUAGAAUUUCCAUACUUUUCCAUACCCUAAUUUUUAGAAUUACUUUCGGAAAAACCUACUUUUUUAUUUUUGGAAAACAGUGUUUUUAAAACUGUGGUAAUUGUAAUUUCCCAUGCUUUUUAAGACCUGGAAAUUGAUCAAAUUUUCUUCAUACUUUCCAUACUUGCGUAGGAACCCCAUUAGAUGUGUAAAUAAAUGAUCUACUUCUUCACUAGUGUGAUUGAAAACACGUUAUAGAGGUUGGAGACUGCUGCAAAGCGCUCAUUCAGAGAAAAUAGGCUGUAGUUUAAUUUAUAGUUUAAGUUCUGUACAGUAUGAAGUCAUUCUGAAAUCGUUUUUGUUGCACAUCGAUGUCCACUGGUUUCUGGUUUUCGCAUUAGCGUUCACACUUUUUGAGAGUUCCUGUUUUGCUGCUCUAUUUCUUCAGUUUAGUUUCAUUUACUCGCUAUGACGUGGUUCUCUGUCUGCUUUUUCUGAUGUGGUUGCACACAGACUUCAGUCUCAUGAGCUGCACUUGCUUGCUUAGCUCUGAAGCAGAAUCUCAAACCGAAGCUUAAACGCUGUGAUAUUUAAACGCUUGACACGGAGUGCGUAUAGUUUUGGCUCGUCAACUGAGUCGUCAGGAAGACCUUCAGUGUUUCCCAGCAGUAGUAGAACAUCUCAGCAGCUUAACUACAAAUACAAAAUAGCACAGGUUUUAAAAAAUGGGUUAAUUUCAGACUUUAAUCUUUAAUGAUAACCUGAUUGACGCAUUAUUGCUGAUAACUAAAGCUGCAGAAAGAUUUGAACUAAUUGUUCCAUAAACAACAUAAUAAAGGCAUUUUUACACUUCAUAAAUUUUAGUUACUACUGAGCUAAUAUUGCUGAUUUGUUCAUUGAAUCACUCAGAAACUUUUACUGCUUCGGGGUGACGCAGCUCAAGGAAGAACAAUUAUGAUAGUUUCUUUACGGAAAUGCAAUCAGAGAUGCUAAGAACUAUCGCGUCUGCAGUGCAAAAUGAUUAAUAUGAUGAUUAUUACUUAAAGGAAAUGAUAAAGAAAUGAUCAUAAAUGUUCUUCCUUGAGCUGCGUCACCCCGCUGUAGUCCAUAAUGGACUGGCCUGAGGUCUCGCUACAAACAAGCGGCUGCUGGAAGAGAGUAGGUGAGUUGUGUUUAGUCUCUUUGCUAAAGAAAUCAGGCAAAGUUUAAAAGAUGUUUGAUGACUAGUGCUGGGGCUUGGACCCUAUAUGUACUGUUGAUGAAGUUAGGUGCUGUUCUGAGCAUUAUGAGUGGUGUUUUGCUAUCGUGCGGUUGUUACUAAAGUUGGUAUAACUAGAGUAUCAAGUGGUCUGCAACAUUCAUUUCUCGAGGGGGUGUCUAACUCGGUGUGACGAUGUGUUUGUCCCUAAAUUAAUUUCACGCCGGAGUAUCCCUUUAAAUCCACUUUUUAUCCACUUUCUCUCUUUGUUUUGUUUUCCUGUCCUCCUCCAGCUUCAUGAUCACCCUGAACCGCUGCUUCCCCCUCUUCAUGGUGCUGGCCUGGAUCUACUCCGUGUCCAUGACCGUGAAGAGCAUCGUACUGGAGAAGGAGAUGCGCCUUAAGGAGACCCUCAAAGUCAUGGGGGUCCACAACGGAGUCAUUUGGUACACGUACUUCAUCGACAGCCUCAUCAUGAUGACUGCGAGCACGGCACUGCUCACCGCCAUCAUCAUGGUGAGAAAACAUAGAGAGGUGAAAGGAGGUGGAGAGACUGAGAUCAGGUUUUAUUUGUUGUGUUAAAGGAGUGUCAACAUGUUCCAUAAUGUAACGGUGCCCUCUUGUGGAUGCCUUCAAACGCUGUAUUUACUCUGAGGAAGGUUUAAUCACAGCUUGUGUUUCCUUUAUUUUCCUCUUUCUCAGGGUGGAAAGGUGCUGAAUUACAGCAACCCCCUGCUUGUCUUCUUCUUCCUGCUGACGUUCACCGUCACCACCAUCAUGCAGUGUUUCCUGAUGAGCGUUUUCUUCAACAAGGCAAACCUGGCAGCUGCCUGCAGCGGCAUCAUUUACUUCACGCUCUACCUGCCGCACGUCCUCUGCUUUGCCUGGCAGGAUCGCAUCACCAAGAACAUGAAACUAGCAGCUGUAUGUCUCUUUUUGUCUGUUAUAUUCUUUCAGAUAGUGUGCAGUAAUUAAAGAAAAAGUUUGUAAGUCGUCAUCUUGUGGUACUUUUGAACUCUUCUCCAGAGCCUGCUGUCUCCAGUCGCCUUUGGCUUCGGCACAGAGUACCUGUCACGCUAUGAGGAGCAGGGUUUGGGUCUGCAGUGGGACAACAUCCAGACCAGUCCGUUAGAGAAAGACAAAUACUCCUUCCUCACCUCCAUCUUCAUGAUGGUGUUUGACGCUGUCCUCUACGCCUUCCUGGCCUGGUAUCUGGAUAAUGUCUUCCCAGGUGGGCUGAUUAUACACUUCACGACUGUAAUUCAAUUGUUUCACCAGGUUUUACAUAAAUAUUUUAUGAAGGAUCCUGUAAACUUCUGCUCCACAGGACAGUACGGUAUCGGGCGGCCUUUUUACUUCCCGUUCCAGCCUUCUUACUGGCAAACUUCUUCAUCCUCACACACAGAAACACCUUAUAAAAGUAAGCAUUAUUGACUCUAAUCUUGAAAUGGAAAGAUAAGUAUGUAAGGGUCAAGUUAGGACUCCAGGAGAUAAAAAGAUGUGCUCCUUUGGCUCCUCCUGCAGAGUCUAAAUCAUCAUCUUUGUAAUCAAAGUGUACUCUUUAAACUCGAAACCAGGUUGUCUCUUUGAAGAUUGGUCCUCCUUACCACCCAUUAGAAGAUGUUUCACUCUUAAGGCAAAUAGAUAUGAACAUGUAGAGUUUAAUCUACUGUAAAACUUCCAGGAAAAGGACUUUUAUCUCUAAGUUGUGGCUUCAGAUCCUAACCAGAAAACACAAUCUGCAAUUUUCCUCCUCCAGAUCCAGACAGCCCUGAAGCGAACAACGUGGAGAGGGAUGUGGAGAGAAGAGGAACCGCAGAGAUGAACCACUGCAAUGGCUCGUCCAGCAAGAAAACCUGUAAGCACCAGAGUAAGAGGGAGCGGCUGGAGAGAGAGAAGGAGAUACUGAGGAGACAAGAGGAUAGUCCAAACCAGGAGGAGGAGGAGGGUCAGGAAGAGAGGACUGAAGGUGAGGACACAAAAGAGGGACUGACUGGAGAUUGAGUUUGGGGACACACUGAGGGCAUCUAGUGGACAGGCAGGGUAACACACCAUAACUUGACCAAAACAGACAAGAGAUAGAGAAUGGGGCCCUAAAUCCUAAAAUUAGAUAAAAUCUGUUAAUCUAAUUCUGUGAAAUAUUCAUAAACUACAAACUUUUCAUUUUGUUUGUGCUUGUUAUACUUUUGUAGGUCAGGUGUUCUUCGAGGCUGACCCGAUGGGCCUGGUGAUGGGGGUGCAGAUUCAGAACCUAGUGAAGGUGUUUGACGGAGGAUGUCGUCCAGCUGUUAACAGUCUCAACAUCAACUUCUACGAGAGCCAGAUUACAUCCUUUCUGGGGCACAAUGGAGCUGGAAAAACCACCACCAUGUAAGCAGGAAUCAACUUACACUGUGUCCACAAGUACUGAGCAGAGUAAAGGCUCAGUUCAACAAGACUAAAGCUCAGAUGGUUGUUCAAGAUUUAAGUUUGUUAGACUGUUCAAAUAGGUUCAAAGUUUUGUGCAGCUUAGUAAGUGUUUGUAAUGCUGGAGAUUACAGCUACUUAUGAGUCAAAGCUUUUACUGUUUAUUAAGAAACGAUAUUUAACUCUGAUUUUAAGAAGGUUCAGAAUAUUUCACGUUAAUCCACAAUCAGAAACUCAAGAAAGUAAAAAACAAAAAGGUUUAAAUUUCAUUAAAGUAGUGUCUCCAGGGAUGAGAAAUCUGAGAAAUUUCAUGAGAAUGAAGAUCAUUUCCUAAACAAGCCAGCGAGCAAGGGUUGAAGGGGAGAAAGAAAGAAAGAAAGAAAGAAAGAAAAAAGAAAGAAAGAAAGAAAGAAAGAAAGAAAGAAAGAAAGAAAGAAAGAAGAAAAAAGUAGAAAAGCCAAAGAAAUAAAACUAUGAAAGAAAAAGGUAGGAAAGAAAGAGACCAAGGAAAGAAAAAAAGGUAGAAAGAAACAUAAAGAUAGAAAAAGGUAUAAAAGAAAACAAAGAAAUAAAAAAGUAGGAAUGAAAUAUAUCAAAGAAAGAAAGAAAGAAAGAAAGAAGGUAAAAAGGAAGAAAAAAGUAGAAAAGCCAAAGAAAGAAAACUAUGAAAGAAAAAAGUAGGAAAGAAAGAGAUCCAAAAAAGAAAAAAAUUACAAAGAAGAAAAAAAGGAAGCUAUAAAGAAAAGAAAGACAAAAAGAAAGAAAGCAAAAAGGACUAGAGAAAGAAAAAGAGCAGGACGAAGAAGGAAAAAAGGGAGGAUGACAGAGGACACAAGGAAACAGGGAAAAUAAAAGCAAAAGAAAAAUAGAAGGAUAGGUUGAAGCUUGGAAAGGAAGAAAGAAAGAGGAAAGAAGACAAAACAAAAGAAAGAAGAAAGGAAAGAUAUGAAGAUAGCAAAAAUAAAUAAAUAAAGAAAGAAAGAAAGAAUGAAAGAAAGAAAGAAAGAAAGAAAGAAAGAAAAGGGAAAGAAAGAAAAAGAAAGAAAGUGAUCUUAAUGUAAAGUUUUUUUUUCACCCUCCCUGUUUCCUGUUUUUUUCUCUGUCCAGGUCCAUCCUGACCGGCCUGUAUCCUCCCACAUCAGGCACCGCUUACAUCAACGGCAGAGACAUCAGGAGUGACAUGGACUCUAUCCGCUCGUCUCUGGGGAUGUGUCCUCAGUACAACAUCCUCUUCAAACAGUGAGUUACUGAUGCCGCUCUGUCUCAGGGGGACGGGAGUCAGUCCUCUGAGAAAGGACACUGAAAGUCCAUGUCUGGUUUUUAGUUCAUACAGCAAACAGAGUAAAAUAAGUUUGAUUUACAUUUAAAAACAAAAAGUUGUUGAGACUUUCGAUGAGUUGAGGGAACAGAAACAAAACAGUUCUCGUGCCUCCCUGUCUUGAAUCUCAGCCUCACGGUGGAGGAGCACAUCCUCUUCUACUCGCUGCUAAAAGGUCGGACUCAGGAGGAGGCAGCCAAGGAGGUGGAGGACAUGCUGGUGGACCUCGGGCUGCCCCACAAGAGAGACGAUGAGGCUCAGAACCUCUCAGGUGGACUGCUCUUUUCUUCACGCCAGAUCUGUCUUCCUUUGUUACUGUCCCUGCUCUGAAACAUCCCCUUUACCUCGCUCUCCGCAGGUGGUAUGCAGAGGAAGCUGUCAGUAGCCAUGGCGUUUGUAGGAGGGUCAAAGGUCGUGAUCUUGGAUGAACCCACCUCAGGAGUGGAUCCCUAUUCAAGGAGAUCCAUCUGGGACCUCCUGCUGAAAUAUAGAGCUGGUAAAAAUGACCAUUUGAGGGACACAUUUAGCCUUACAGGUCAACAUGUUUGCCCGUUUAGAUCCACAGUGACCUGCUUCAGUUUGACCCACUCAUGAGAUCGGCUUUUACGGCCGCACUGAAGACACUGGAGAGUGAAAUGAAGCUUUACAGCCUCCUGAGGCAUUUUGAAUAAGUGAGGAAAGAUCAAAAAGAAAAAUUCAGCUUCACAACGACAACAAAGAAAAACUCACUGUAACAAAAUCCACAACCUUUUGGCAAAGUUAUGAUCUCUGAAAUAUCUCUGUAUUUCAUGUAAAUGUCAGGAAAGUGGUUAUUCAAAGUGGGUCUUUUUUCUAGGUCGGACCGUGAUUCUGUCCACCCAUCACAUGGACGAAGCCGACCUGCUGAGCGACCGCAUCGCCAUCAUCUCUAAAGGACAACUCCACUGCUGCGGAUCCCCCCUCUUCCUCAAAAACUGCUUCGGGGUCGGUUUUUAUUUGACUCUUGUGCGCCGGAUGAGGGAUGUCAAAAAGAAGGAGGUAUGUGUUUGUUUGUUUUUUUUUAACCUCAUCAUUUCUACCUCCUGUGUUUAUUCCACACAGACACAAAAAAGAGAAUAUAAGAUUUUUCCUCCUUUAAAGUUUCCAGUUCUGAGUUUUGAAGUUGUUGAAGGUGUGUUUUUUCUCUUCUUUGGUGUUUUCCUCAGAACGACUGUGACUGUGCCUCAGACUGCUCCUGCUCCUGCUCCAUCUGCACCAGAUACAAAGAUCAGUCUCAGAACCCGUCCCAGAAUCUAGACAGAGUCAUGGAUGGUAAGAGGAAACUUUAUGUUUUAUUCUACUGUUAUAGCAUGAGCGGCUCCUCCUCCUCUCAUUUGCUGUGAUUUCUUUGUCUAUUUUAUAAAUUGAAUAUUGAAACUAGACUCAGACUUGAGGUUAGCCCUAUUAAUCCAUUUAAUAAAGCUGCUGAGAAAAAAAUUUGGGUUGUGUUGACACUGGCGCUCCCCUGUGGACAAAGUAAUUCCUCUUAUCUAUUGUCCCAUUCAUGUGAAAGUAGUUUUUAUCAGACAAAAACCUCAUUCUGUUGUCUGUAAACCAUGACGCUCAUAACUCAAUAUGGGUAUUUGUUGAGUAAAAUGUUUUUUCAGCUUACUGUCAAUCAUCUGGUCGGCCACCUACACCCCCCUCAGCAUUUUAAAGCUUUAAAAACGACCACAAUGAAAUCAUCAGACCUGUUCCUGGUGGUCUCAUUUGCUUUCCAAAGUCAUAAAGAGGCUUCAGUGUCAGUUUUUUUCUGUUUCUCAACUGGCUAAAAACUCCCCACAGUGCCUUUAAAGUUAAAACUAACGUCAAGGGGAAAAAGGAUUUUUUUCUUUUUUAUCUUGAAAUAUUAAAAUAUAAAAACCUGUAAAUCAUUAAAGCUACAGAAAGGAGUUUUUAGACAUGGCUUGAAUCAGGCUGGAUUUAAUACUGAUGCUUUUUCAUUAGCUGCAAAGCAAACAAAGCAACAAGGCUGACUUUUCACAUCAUUAUAUCCUUAUUUCUAAUGCCUUAAACUGUUGCUGAGGGGCAGGUGCAAUGACAGCUUUUUUUAUUUUUUAAGCUUUAUUUACCAUAUUUUUCGCAUUUUUGCACUUUCGUGUCUUAUUCGCGUCUAUUUUCAUACAUAAAGCGCACCGGAUUAUAAGGAGCACUGGAUUAUAAAGGGCAUUAAGCCAAACAAAACAGUCAGAUAGGUCAAACUUUAUUUAACUGACUCAAUAACUCUGCGAGGCUUUGGAAGCUGCAGUGCUCCGACAAGCCCACAGGAUUUUAAAUGCGCUUUAUAGUGCGAAAAAUACGGUAAAUUUCAGCCAAGGCUUUACAAAAUCUUGUGCAUCUCUUUGUCUGUGAUUUUUGUUUUAACUGUUUUUAAUUAUUGAGCACUUUAUAAUUUAUUUUUGAAAUAUAUUGAUACAAUUAUUAUCAUUAUUAUUAUUAUGAUAAGGGAAAGAAAAUAGUAUAUCCAGUUUAUUCGUGGCAGUUUUGACUGAAAAAGAAAAUUUUUCAGAGAGCAGCAUCCCAAACUAUUUAUUUCCUGAUGGUUCAAAACUCAAUAUCUUUAUCUUAUCUAGUAAAUUGGGACUUCAGGGGUGAUUUUAUUUUAUUUUCAAUCAAACUUAAAUUCAAAAAAGAAUUUUUUUAUCCCUCUGAGGGUAAUUAGUUUAGAGCACAGCCGGUUUCAAACCAGUGGGAUACAGAGCCACAGAACAUCAGCCAUGUGAAGCCUGGACUUUUCACGCUCCCCCUGGCGAUUUUCUGCUGUCCUGCUCAUAAACCUGCCUCCUUCAUUGGAACAGUGAUCAAUCCACAAAAUUAAAAUCCUGCCAAAUUCUGCUGCCAUUGUUGAUUCUUGGAAGAAAUCUCAAAAUGGGCAGAUAUAAAAGUGCCUUUUCUUUUCACUGUUUUAAUGCUUUGUUUUUCCUUUUACCAGUGACAUAAAUGAACCAAAGGAAAUGCAGACAAUGCUUAUAUUAAACAGACUGAUAAACAAGUUAAAGAGUAAAAAAAUGAUUUUAUAGACAGAAGAGUCCACACAAACAAACAACAGAUUUUGUUUCAUAUUCUCACUGGUGCUUUCAGACUUCCUCAACUUUAUUCAAAAGAGCUUCUCCCUCUCAGAAGCAGAGAGAAAAAAAAACAAAUACAGAACUCUCUCUUGUGAAUUUACCCGGCCAACUUUGUCCCACUUAUUCGAGAUGUAAAGCAGGCACAGAAACAAAACUCACUGUUGUUCCACAUGUAUAAUUUAUCUGUGAAAUUGACCCAUGUGGCUUUCCCUCCUAAAUCUGCCUGAGGACGCUCGGGUUGCAAUGAGCCAAGCACAAAUUAACAGCAUUUUAGAGCUCGAGUAAGAGUGUUUGUUUUGUGUUUUUGGCAUAAUUAGCACUUCUUCCUCUCUUUGUUUACUUAUGCUGUCUGCUAUUUUGGGAUUACUGCUUUUUUUUAAUGAUGAUUUUCUGUUGUCGUCUCAGGGGACAUAGACAGCAUCACUAACCUCAUACACCACCACGUCCCCGAGGCUAAACUGAUCGAGACCAUCGGCCAGGAGCUGACCUACCUGCUCCCCAAUAAGGGCUUCAAACACCGAGCGUACGCCAGCCUGUUCCGGGAGCUGGAGGAGACGCUCACGGACAUGGGCCUCAGCAGCUUCGGCAUCUCUGACACUUCACUGGAGGAGGUAGAGACACGUCUAGACUAGAUCUGCUGAUAUCGCUGGAAAAAUACAGACAGUGUUGCUCGUACAAUGAGUAAAGUGGAUGCUGGAUGAAAACUUUGAGGCAUCUCAAACUUUGGAAUAUAGGAUCAUGUGAUAAAUAACAUUUUCAGCCUCCAACCACAAUAAAAUCAAUAAGUGUAGCAUAAAAAGGCUGGAGGGACCUUAUGUAUACUUCAUAUAAGUAGAACAGCUAGUAGAUGUUAACGUAUGACUCUAUGACCUUCCUAACACAACAAAGACACUCAUUUGUUUCUAAACCACGCCUGUUUUUAAUUUAGUAGAAAAAGGUACAUGUCCAAGAAAAUAUAAUUAGCAAAAAAGCUACAAAAGUAGAGAAAGUGAGAAGAGACAGGUGAAACUAAUGAUUAAGUAAAGAAAGAGGGACAACAAACCAAACUAUGAGAAAGAAGUGUAACCUGAAAUGUAGCUUAUUUUUGAAGCAAAAGAUACAAUUUCGGUUUACCUGUCCAGCAGAAAGGUUACAGGGUCCGUAAGAUCCUGAAGCGUCCCCUAUCGUUUAUGCUGAUGUUGACCCGGCUUCUCAGCUCUUGUGUUGUCUACCUCCUUUUAAAGCGCCCGUUAUUCCACCAGAGUCUCCGGUAUUUACUUUGUUUUCUCGCUUGUGUGGGCAGUUAUGGCCGAAGGAGGAUUCAGACAAUUUUCCGUACUUUGUAGUUGGUUUCUGCUGUCCAAUAUUGUAGCACGCUAGCUUAUUUUGGUGAACGACAUGGGAAGCAGUGUCCACCUCACAAUCAAUCAGAUCGGGGAGGCGGAGAAUGACUUUGUUUACAGUCAGAAAGAGCGGGCCGCUCAAAAAAUGUUAAAUGUUGACUACACAGACAUAAAAGAACACAGCGAUAUUGUGAUAUUACCAAUUGUAACUAACAGCUAUUGACUGAUAUUAAAAGCUUUUUUGUAUUUACACCACAAAAAAAAGAUGCUUCUUUAACAGAGUCCUGCCUACCCCACCUUUAAGACCUCUGCAUAUCAUAACAUCUCUACAUUCAGUAUCUUAUUACAUUAUUGGAUUUUUAUCAAAAGAAACUUUAAAAAGGAAAAUGAAGAGCCCGGUGUUGCGUAACCUCUGAGUAUAUAUAAAGAUGAGUUUUGUAAGUCGCAGGAACUUCCUUUUUCUUUUUUCACAGAUCUUCAUAAAGGUCACUGCAGAUGGAGAAGCAGCGAGUCACGCCACCACUCCUGGUAAAUACCACCACUGAUAUUCAACAUGGCCUUUUCCUGGAAUUGAAUUUUUGACCCUCCGACCUGUCUCUCUAACGUGCUGUUAAUCCAUUUGCCUCACACCUGUUUUUAUUAUGUUGUCGUAGUGGUAAAUUUCCUUUUCUCUCCUCCUGAGCUCCAGCAGCUAACAGUGUUGUGGUGUUUUAUAUGUCAGCUUUAACCCUUUAGUUUGUGUUUUGUAUCUCUCCUGUGUGCGCCCAUCUGUAGAGCAGUGGAUGUUGAAGUGGAGGAAAAAAAACAGCAUGGUUGGUGAUGAAGGUCAGAGACUGAGUUUCAGGCUUUUGUGUUGCGUCUUCUGGACUUGGGUCAUUCAUAGGUGCAAGAAUGUGUGUUUUUAAAUCUUAAAGUCAACUAUUUUCAAUUUUCAGCUGGGGUUUGUCACAUGAAGUCUGAUUUAAAUUUUGAUUUACAUGCCUAUAAAGUAUUUUCACUGGUUUCUAAGAUUAAAAUAUUUUUCUAGGUCUAGUUUUAGUUAGAAGAAUGCCACACAUCCUCUAUUGAAAGCAGAUGCUGUACCGUUAAAAACAAUGCAAGGAUUAUGUGAAUAAUCAUAGUCUUUAUUUAGAAAGUAUUUUCUGCUUGCCUGCUCUUCUCUUGCCAAGCACAUGUCAUUUAUUAGAAAAGGAUGUAGAAACAAACAAGAAACCUCCAAAAGCCAGAUAUCAUGCCCGGUAGAGUCCCCGCAGCUUCUCCAAAUCCUACUCCUUCAAUCUGCUACAACUUGCUCUGCAGCGAGUUCAUUUUUCUGAUAGUUUAAGGUACUAACUGUGUGCUUUUCUUGUCAAUCACAGAGCAUAAUGGUAUAACAGAUGCCAACGGCACGACCCGCGGAGCCUCAGACAGCAGUGAAGGACGGGGCUCCCAUCAAGUGAAAGGGUUCAGUCUGACCCUGAAGCAGUUCCACGCGCUGCUAGUGAAGAGGUUUCAUCACGCUACGAGGAGCAAGAAAGACUUCAUGGCACAGGUACAGAAACGCAGAGAUGGGUGGGUUGUUGGCGCGGUGUCGAUGUGACAUGUUGACAGUUGGAUUACAGGAUGUAUGGGCUGACUUGGGAGGGUGCCAGAGUAUGUGUGAUACAUAAUGGAUCAAUCAGCAAAUGGAGUGUUUCCAGAUGCAGAGGCCAAAUAGAGUGCUACGAGAAUUUUCCAUGCAAAAUGAUACAUUAUGGCUGCAGGUGCAAGGGUAGAAGACCACAUCUUUGCAAAUAAUCAUGCAACAGAGAAACUGCUUUGACACAGUAGACUGGAAUAUACUUUUUGAGUGACUGGAGAAGUGGGUGAGACUUCCUGGCACAGUAAACAAAUAGAUUAAAUCUUACUUUAAGGACAGAGACUAGUUUGUGUCUAUAGGUAACUUCAAAUGCACAUGGGGUUCCCCAAGGCUCCAACCUGGGGCGUCUUCUGUUGAACAUCUACAUGCUCCUACAGGCUUAGAUUAAAAAUUAGAGAUGGAGAAGCGUUCAAUUUUAAUGCUCCAAAUAUCUGGAAGAAUCUACUACAACUAUAUAAAAACUAUACAGCAAAAACCAUAGUGUUGAAACUUGCUGUAUUUUGGGCAAUUUCAGAUCGUCCUUCCUGCCAGUUUUGUCCUCAUAGCUCUGAUCUUCACCAUGAUUGUCCCUCCAUUUGGAGAGUAUCCAAGUCUGACGCUGACACCCUGGAUGUACGGACAGCAGUUCACCUUCUUCAGGUCAGAGUCCUCACAGAUUAUGUGAAAAUCAGCAGACCUGGAGCUUGAACCUGGAGCGUCAGUUAUGUUUUACAUAUGGUUUGCAUUUCCUCAUCUUUGUUUAGUAACGAGCAACCCUUCGACCCGAAAAUGAAACGCUUCGUAGAGCGUUUACUGAACAGACCCGGUCUGGGGACACGCUGCAUGGAAGGGGAACCUCUGGGGUGAGUAUCAGGACGAAUGAUGUAACACUUCAGGACAUGAGCAUGCUCGAUUUUCCUGUUUGUCCUGCACAUUAUGGCACUCUCACCCCUUCAGUUGCCUCUGGUCAACUGUUGUAUUUUAUAAAAAGUCCUCCUCUUCAACUAUCCCCUCACUCUUGACCCUCUUUUUUCUGUCAGAGAUAUUAAUCACAGCUUAUGAAUACCUCAGUAUGCUCUUCAGAACCAAAGUGCUCACACGGCAGGCUGCAAUUCAGUUCUGUUAUCCUCAUGUAAUUUUGCAACUUUAAGUCCCUCACCUCUUAUUCUGUUUUCUGUUUUGCAUGUAAAAGGAUCCCUCCAUUGCUGGGAAGACCCUACAAAAACGGCAGAGUUUAUCAUGAUCUAAUUGCCAGAAUUCAAAUCCUAGAAAUUUUGCAAAAUACAGUCAAAUAUUUAGAGUUCAUAGAGACUUUUUAGAAUGCAGAAUUCUUACCUGGGGACAUAUUGCGCUUAAAGGAAUAUUCCAGCGAGAUGAAUGUUGCCGACCGCUUGCUACUCUAGUUACACCAACUUUAGUAACGACUGCACGAUAGCAAUACACAGCAGUCUGAGGAGCCAUAAACAAACCUCAACCAAAACGCCACUCUAUAGCCACAAAUAAUGCUCAGAACAGCACCUAACUUCAUCAACAGUACAUAUAGGGUCCCAGUCAUAGCACUAGCCACCAAACAUCUUUUUAACUUUGCCUGAUUUCUUUAGCAAAGAGACUAAACACAACUCACCCACUCUCUUCCAGCAGCCGCUUGUUUGUAGCGAGACCUCAGGCCAGUCCAUUAUGGACUACAGCGGGGUGACGCAGCUCAAGGAAGAACAUUUAUGAUCAUUUCUUUAUGAAUUCCUUGAAGUAGUAAUCAUCACAUUAAUCAUUUUGCACUGCAGACACGGUAGUUCUUCUGCCUUAGCGUCUCGAUCUGAUUGACUUUCCAUGAAGUAAUGAUCAUAAAUGUUCUUCCUUGAGCUGCUUCACCCUCCUCAGACCGCUGUGUAUUGCUAUCUGCGGUCGUUACUAAAGUUGGUAUAACUAGAGAAGCAAGCAGACGGCAACAUUCAUCUCUCGAGGGGGUGUCUAACUCUGUGUUAUGGUGUGUUUGUCCCUAAAUUAAUUUUACGCCGGAAUAUCCCUUUAAGUUUGAGUGUACAGGAGUUUAUUUGCAGUUUUUAAAAAAAGCCUUUCUCCUCUUAUUUCUUAACAGUAUGUCAUGUAGUAACAUCACCUCAGAGUGGGAGGAUCCCGAUGUGUCCCCUGCAGUAAGCAACAUCCUACAUAGCCCAGAGUGGAACCAGAGAAACCCGUCUCCGACCUGUCAGUGCAGCACCAGUGAGAAACUCACUAUGAUGCCCGUCUGUCCAGUCGGUGCAGGAGGUCUGCCCCCUCGUCAACGAAUGGAGGCUUCAGGAGACACGCUGCUGGAUUUG